AAUAUAUAAAAAUAAAAAAUAAUUUAAAAAAAAGCAAAAAAAGAAAGAAAAAAGUAAAGCACAAAAUGUCUGAUUUAGAUAUUGACCAACAUUUAGAAAAGCUAGCAAACUCCAAAUAUUGUAUACCCGAGCGACAAUUGCGUCUCAUAUGCGAGAGAGUAAAAGAAUUAUUAGCUGAGGAAUCAAACGUUUAACCUGUUAACUCUCCUGUGAACAUAUGCGGAGAUGUACACGGUUAAUUUUUCGAUGUUCUAGAGUUAUUUUAAAAAGGAGGAGAAAUACCUAAUAGCCGUUAUAUAUUUAUAGGAGAUUUUGUAGAUAGAGGACAUAACUCUGUUGAAACAAUAGAAUACUUAAUAUGUUUAAAAGCAAGAUAUCCUGAAUGCAUUACAUUAUUAAGAGGAAACCAUGAAUCUCGAUAAACUACUUAGGCAUACGGAUUUUAUGAUGAAGUAUAAAGAAAAUAUGGAAACAUAAAUCCUUGGCAUUACUUUUGUGAAGUUUUUGAUUAUUUACCUUUAGGAGCUAUCGUUGAUGGAGAAAUUUUCUGUGUACAUGGGGGACUAUCUCCAGAUAUUAAAACUGUAGAUUAAAUAAGAACUAUUCAUAGAAAAUAGGAAAUUCCUUUAGAAGGUGCUUUUACAGAUUUAUUAUGGUCAGAUCCUGAUGAUGUUUCAACUUGGGCUAUUAAUAGUAGAGGAGCUGGUUGGCUUUUUGGAGAUAAAGUAGUUAGCGAUUUUAAUCAUAUUAAUGAUUUUAAAUUGAUUUGUAGAGCACAUUAAUUAGCUCAUGAAGGAUAUUUAUAUUGGUUUGAAUAAAAAAAUCUCUGUACUGUUUGGAGUGCUCCUAAUUAUUGUUAUAGAAUGGGUAAUAAAGCUUCUAUACUUAAAUUAGAUGAAAAUUUAGAAAGAGAAUUUAUUAUUUUUACUGAAGUUGAAUAAUCUAGUUAGGCUGUUCCUCCAAGAAAAGCUUUACCUUAUUUCCUUUGAAAUUUGUUUUUUAACGAAACAAAAAUUUGUUAUUAAAAAAUAAAAUAUAUAAUAUGAAAAAUAUAUAUAUUUAUAUAUGCUUUAAAUAAAAAUAUUAUAUAUUUAAUAUAUAUC